AUGCCUUCGACUCCACCCAGCUUGAUUCCUGGCCUCGGCCUCGGCAACCGCGCCGCUGAUGAGGGUGACGCCCAUCCCUCCCCCGACGAUUCUGCCACCGAGAUAUCAGCAUUUCUGAUGAAUUCAUCCAUGCUGCUCUUCAGCCUGAGAUGCGAGGCCAAUGAUGAGCAUGGUAUCGGACCACUUGAAAGCGACCAGGACAGCGGCGACGACUUCAACGCGAAGUGGAAGGCCAGAAUUCUACGAACCAUUCUCGUUCAGGACCAAGAGGUCAUCCAGAGACGCAUCUUCAAAAAGGAGUUCGAGCAGGGGAAAAAGAGCCUCAGCAAGAAGUGGGCCGAUCUCUCAGAGCUUAUAAGCUUCAAAUUACCCAUACUAUAG